AUGGAGGCGUCAGAUGAGCUCCGCCAGGAAGAGGGGGUGGAAGGGCUGGAUUUGGAGGAUCAGGACCAGGAGGAUCCUGUCCCUGAGCCCGACGUGGAGCAGAUGGCCAUCGACUGGCUCACGGGCAACUUCUACUUCGUGGAUGACAUUGAUGACAGGAUCUUCGUCUGCAACAAAAACGGGGACACCUGCGUCACGCUGCUGGACCUGGAGCUGUACAAUCCCAAGGGAAUUGCGCUGGACCCAGCCAUGGGCAAGGUGUUCUUCACCGACUACGGGCAGAUCCCCAAGGUGGAGCGCUGUGACAUGGACGGGCAGAACCGCACCAAGCUGGUGGACAGCAAGAUUGUCUUCCCUCACGGCAUCACCUUGGACCUGGUGAACCGCCUGGUGUACUGGGCUGAUGCCUACCUGGACUACAUCGAGGUGGUGGACUACGAGGGCAAGAACAGGCACACCAUCAUCCAGGGCAUCCUGAUCGAGCACCUGUACGGGCUGACGGUCUUCGAGAACUACCUGUACGCCACCAACUCGGACAACGCCAACGCCCAGCAGAAAACCAGCGUCAUCCGCGUCAACCGCUUCAACAGCACCGAGUACCAGGUGGUGACACGCGUGGACAAGGGCGGAGCGCUGCACAUCUACCACCAGCGGCGCCAGCCCACAGGUGGGAGCCUGCACUGUGUCUCUUCCUGUGAGAGCUGUGCCAUGUGGUUGAUGGAUCAUGGAGACUGUCCCUGUCUCUGCACAGAGCCCGAGCACGAGCUGUUCCUGGUGUACGGGAAGGGGCGUCCUGGCAUCAUCCGAGGGAUGGACAUGGGCGCCAAGGUGCCGGAUGAGCACAUGAUCCCCAUCGAGAACCUCAUGAACCCCCGGGCCCUGGACUUCCACGCUGAGACCGGCUUCAUCUACUUUGCCGACACCACCAGCUACCUCAUCGGGCGCCAGAAGAUCGAUGGCACGGAGCGAGAGACCAUCCUGAAGGACGGCAUCCACAAUGUGGAGGGGAUCGCCGUGGACUGGAUGGGGAACAACCUGUACUGGACGGAUGAUGGCCCCAAGAAGACCAUCAGUGUGGCACGGCUGGAAAAGGCUGCCCAGACACGGAAGACGCUGAUCGAGGGGAAGAUGACACAUCCCCGCGCCAUCGUGGUGGAUCCCCUGAACGGGUGGAUGUACUGGACAGACUGGGAGGAGGAUCCCAAGGACAGCAAGAGGGGCAAGAUCGAGAGGGCCUGGAUGGAUGGCUCCAACCGCAACAUCUUCAUCACCUCCAAGACCGUCCUGUGGCCCAAUGGGCUGAGCCUGGACAUCCCAGCCAAGAUCCUGUACUGGGUGGAUGCUUUCUACGACCGCAUCGAGAUGGUUUAUCUCAAUGGCACCGAGCGGAAGAUCGUGUAUGAGGGCCCGGAGCUGAACCACGCCUUUGGGCUGUGCCACUACAGCAACUUUCUGUUCUGGACCGAGUACCGCAGCGGCAGCAUCUACCGGCUGGACCAGGCCUCCAAGGCCGUGAGCCUGCUCCGCAACGAGCGCCCGCCCAUCUUCGAGAUCCGCAUGUACGACGCGCAGCAGCAGCAAGUGGGCUCCAACAAAUGCCGUGUCAACAACGGGGGCUGCAGCAGCCUGUGCCUGGCCACCCCCCGGGGCCGUCAGUGCGCCUGUGCCGAGGACCAGAUCCUGGGGUCGGACUCUGUCACCUGCCAGGCCAACCCAUCGUACGUCCCCCCGCCGCAGUGCCAGCCCGGCGAGUUCGCCUGCAAGAACAACCGCUGCAUCCAGGAGCGCUGGAAAUGCGAUGGGGACAACGAUUGCCUGGACAACAGCGAUGAGGCCCCCGAGCUCUGCCACCAGCACACCUGCCCUUCGGACCGCUUCAAGUGCAAGAACAACCGCUGCAUCCCCAACCGCUGGCUCUGUGACGGGGACAAUGACUGUGGGAACAACGAGGACGAGUCCAACUCCACCUGCUCAGCCCGGACCUGCUCCCCCAACCAGUUCUCCUGCGCCAGCGGCCGCUGCAUCCCCAUCUCCUGGACGUGUGACCUGGACGACGACUGCGGGGACCGCUCGGACGAGUCUGCCUCGUGUGCCUACCCGACCUGCUUCCCCCUGACACAGUUCACCUGCAACAACGGGCGCUGCAUCAACAUCAACUGGCGCUGUGACAACGACAACGACUGCGGGGACAACAGCGACGAGGCGGGCUGCAGCCACUCCUGCUCCAGCAACCAGUUCAAGUGCAACAGCGGGCGCUGCAUCCCCGUGCACUGGACCUGUGACGGGGACAACGACUGUGGCGACUACAGCGACGAGACCCACGCCAACUGCACCAACCAGGCCACGCGCCCGCCCGGGGGCUGCCACACGGACGAGUUCCAGUGCCGGCUGGACGGGCUGUGCAUCCCCAUGCGCUGGCGCUGUGACGGCGACACGGACUGCAUGGACUCCAGCGACGAGAAGAACUGCGAGGGGGUCACCCACGUCUGUGACCCCAACGUCAAAUUUGGCUGCAAGGACUCGGCCCGGUGCAUCAGCAAGGCCUGGGUCUGUGACGGGGACAGCGACUGCGAGGACAACUCUGACGAGGAGAACUGCGAGUCCCUGGUGUGCAAACCCCCCUCGCACACCUGUGCAAACAACACCUCCAUCUGCCUGCCCCCCGAGAAGCUCUGCGAUGGCUCCGACGACUGCGGCGACGGCUCCGACGAGGGCGAGCUCUGCGACCAGUGUUCUCUCAACAACGGCGGCUGCAGCCACAACUGCACGGUGGCCCCUGGCGAGGGCAUCGUGUGCUCCUGUCCCCUGGGCAUGGAGCUGGGUGCUGACAACAAGACCUGCCAGAUCCAGAGCUACUGUGCCAAGCACCUCAAGUGCAGCCAGAAGUGCGAGCAGGACAAGUACAAUGUCAAGUGCUCCUGCUACGAGGGCUGGAUGCUGGAGCCUGAUGGCGAGAGCUGCCGCAGCCUGGACCCCUUCAAACCGUUCAUCAUCUUCUCCAACCGCCACGAGAUCCGGCGCAUCGACCUGCACCGGGGGGACUACAGCGUGCUGGUGCCCGGGCUGCGCAACACCAUCGCCCUGGACUUCCACCUCAACCAGAGCUCCCUGUACUGGACCGACGUGGUGGAGGACAAGAUCUACAGGGGGAAGCUGCUGGAGAAUGGGGCUCUGACCAGCUUUGAGGUGGUGAUCCAGUACGGCCUGGCCACCCCCGAGGGACUGGCCGUGGACUGGAUCGCUGGUAACAUCUACUGGGUGGAGAGCAACCUGGACCAGAUCGAGGUGGCCAAGCUGGAUGGCACCAUGAGGACCACGCUGCUGGCCGGGGACAUCGAGCACCCCCGCGCCAUCGCCCUGGACCCUCGCUACGGGAUCCUGUUCUGGACGGACUGGGACGCCAGCCUGCCCCGCAUCGAGGCCGCCUCCAUGAGCGGCGCAGGCCGACGCACCAUCCACAAGGAGACGGGCUCGGGGGGAUGGCCCAACGGGCUCACUGUUGACUACCUGGAGAAGCGGAUCCUCUGGAUUGAUGCCAGGUCGGAUGCCAUCUACUCAGCCCUGUACGAUGGGACGGGGCACAUUGAGGUGCUGCGGGGACACGAGUACCUGUCCCACCCCUUCGCUGUCACCCUGUACGGGGGGGAGGUGUACUGGACCGACUGGCGUACCAACACCUUGGCCAAGGCCAACAAGUGGACGGGGCACAACGUGACCGUGGUUCAGAGGACCAACACGCAGCCCUUUGACCUGCAGGUGUAUCACCCCUCCCGGCAGCCCCUGGCUCCUAAUCCCUGCGAAGCCAACGGCGGCAAAGGGCCGUGUUCCCACCUCUGCCUCAUCAACUACAACCGCACCUUGUCCUGUGCCUGCCCCCACCUCAUGAAGCUGGACAAGGACAACACCACCUGCUAUGAGUUUAAGAAGUUCCUGCUGUACGCGCGGCAGAUGGAGAUCCGGGGCGUGGACAUCGACAACCCCUACUACAACUACAUCAUCUCCUUCACCGUGCCCGACAUCGACAACGUCACCGUGGUGGACUACGACGCUCUGGAGCAGCGGAUUUACUGGUCAGAUGUCCGCACCCAGACCAUCAAGAGAGCCUUCAUCAACGGCACCGGCGUGGAGACCGUCGUCUCUGCAGACCUGCCCAACGCUCACGGCCUCUCCGUGGAUUGGGUUUCCAGAAACCUCUUCUGGACCAGCUACGACGCCAACAAGAAGCAGAUCAACGUGGCCAGGCUGGACGGCUCCUUCAAGAACGCCGUGAUCCAGGGGCUGGACAAGCCCCACUGCCUGGUGGUGCACCCGCUGCGGGGGAAGCUCUACUGGACAGAUGGGGACAACAUCAGUGUGGCCAACAUGGACGGCAGCAACCGCACGCUGCUCUUCACCAACCAGAAGGGACCUGUUGGCCUGGCCAUCGAUUACCCAGAGAGCAAACUGUACUGGAUCAGCUCUGGCAAUGGCACCAUCAACAGGUGUGACCUGGAUGGCAGCAACCUGGAGGUGAUCGAGUCCGUGCGGAGCCAGCUGAGCAAAGCCACCGCCCUGGCCAUCAUGGGGGACAAGCUGUGGUGGGCUGACCAGGCCUCCGAGAGGAUGGGCACCUGCAACAAGAAGGACGGGACGGAGGUGACGGUGCUGCGCAACAGCACCACGCUGGUGAUGCACAUGAAGGUGUACGAUGAGAGCAUCCAGCAAGCUGGGACCAACCCCUGCAGCCAAAACAACGGGGACUGCUCGCAGCUGUGCCUCCCCACCUCGGAGACCUCCCGCUCCUGCAUGUGCACCGCGGGCUACAGCCUCAAGAGCGGGCAGCAGUCCUGUGAAGGUGUUGGCUCCUUCCUCCUGUACUCGGUGCACGAGGGAAUCCGGGGCAUUCCCCUGGACCCCAAUGACAAGUCCGACGCUCUCGUGCCGGUGUCAGGAACCUCCCUGGCUGUGGGAAUCGACUUCCAUGCAGAGAACGACACGAUUUACUGGGUGGACAUGGGCCUGAGCACCAUCAGUCGAGCCAAGCGGGACCAGACGUGGCGUGAGGACGUGGUGACCAACGGCAUUGGGCGAGUGGAGGGCAUCGCCGUGGACUGGAUUGCUGGAAACAUCUACUGGACGGACCAGGGCUUCGAUGUCAUCGAGGUGGCCAGGCUGAACGGCUCCUUCCGCUACGUGGUCAUCUCACAGGGGCUGGACAAGCCACGGGCCAUCACGGUCCAUCCUGAGAAGGGGUACCUGUUCUGGACAGAGUGGGGGCAGUACCCGCGCAUCGAGCGCUCGCGCCUGGAUGGCACCGAGCGGAUGGUGCUGGUCAACGUCAGCAUCAGUUGGCCCAACGGGAUUUCUGUGGAUUAUGAGGAUGGGAAGCUGUACUGGUGUGAUGCCCGGACAGACAAGAUCGAACGGAUCGACCUGGAGACGGGCGAGAACCGGGAGGUCGUCCUGUCCAGCAACAACAUGGACAUGUUCUCCGUGUCGGUCUUCGAGGAAUACAUCUACUGGAGCGAUAGGACUCACGCCAACGGCUCCAUCAAAAGAGGCAACAAGGACAAUGCCACCGAGUCGGUGUCGCUGCGGACCGGGAUCGGCGUGCAGCUCAAGGACAUCAAAGUCUUCAACCGGGCCCGGCAGAAGGGCACCAACAUCUGUGCCCAGAACAACGGGGGCUGCCAGCAGCUGUGCCUGUUCCGCGGCGGCGGGCAGAGGACGUGCGCCUGCGCCCACGGGAUGCUGUCGGAGGAUGGCGUGAGCUGCCGGGACUACGACGGGUACCUGCUCUACUCGGAGCGCACCAUCCUCAAGAGCAUCCACCUCUCGGACGAGAACAACCUCAACGCGCCCAUCAAGCCCUUCGAGGACGCGGAGCACAUGAAGAACGUCAUCGCCCUGGCCUUCGAUUACCGCUACGGCUCCAAGGGCAGCAACCGCAUCUUCUACAGCGACAUCCACUUCGGCAACAUCCAGCAGAUCAACGACGACGGCACGGGCCGCAAGACCAUCGUGGAGAACGUGGGCUCUGUGGAGGGGCUGGCGUACCACCGCGGCUGGGACACGCUGUACUGGACCAGCUACACCACCUCCACCAUCACCCGCCACACCGUGGACCAGAGCCGCGUCGGGGCCUUCGAGAGGGAGACCGUGAUCACCAUGUCAGGGGACGACCACCCCCGGGCCUUCGUGCUGGACGAGUGCCAGAACCUGAUGUUCUGGACCAACUGGAACGAGCAGCACCCCAGCAUCAUGCGAGCCACCCUCUCUGGCGCCAACGUCCUCAUCAUCAUCGACCAGGACAUACGGACGCCCAACGGGUUGGCCAUUGACCACAAGGCUGAGAAGAUUUACUUCUCUGAUGCCACCCUGGACAAGAUCGAGCGCUGCGAAUACGACGGCUCCAAUCGCCAUGUGAUCCUGAAGUCGGAGCCUGUGCACCCCUUUGGCCUGGCCGUGUACGGGGAUUACAUCUUCUGGACGGACUGGGUGCGCCGGGCCGUGCAACGCGCCAACAAAUACGUGGGCACCGACAUGAAACUGCUGCGUGUGGACAUCCCCCAGCAGCCCAUGGGCAUCAUCGCCGUGGCCAACGACACCGACAGCUGCGAGCUGUCCCCAUGCCGGGUGAACAACGGCGGCUGCCAGGACCUGUGUCUGCUCACCCCCAAGGGCCACGUCAACUGCUCGUGCCGCGGGGAGCGGGUCCUGCAGGAGGACCUGACCUGCAAAGCUGUGAAUUCCACCUGCAACGUGGACGAGUUUGAGUGCGGGAACGGCGACUGCAUCGACUUCAGCCGCACCUGCGACGGCGUCGUGCACUGCAAGGACAAGUCGGACGAGAAGCAGUCCUACUGCAGCAGCCGCAAGUGCAAGAAGGGGUACCUGCACUGCAUGAACGGGCGCUGCGUCGCCAGUCGCUACUGGUGUGACGGCGUGGACAACUGCGGGGACAACUCGGACGAGGUGCCCUGUAACAGUGAGUGUCUGCCUGGCACCCGGCCAGCCCCCGCCAGGGCUCCGUCAGCUGCCUGGGACAGGGACAGCGGCUCCAGGAGGGACUUACCGUCAGCUUCAGUGUACAACAACACCUGUGACGAGCGGGAGUUCAUGUGCGGGAACCGGCAGUGCAUCCCCAAACACUUCGUCUGCGACCACGACGACGACUGCGGUGACGGCUCUGACGAGUCCCCGGAAUGUGAGUAUCCCACCUGCGGCCCCCACGAGUUCCGCUGUCAGAACGGCCGCUGCCUCAGCAACCGGCAGUGGGAAUGCGAUGGGGAGUUCGACUGCCACGACCACUCGGACGAGGCGCCCAAGAACCCGCGCUGCAGCAGCCCAGAAAACAAAUGCAACGACUCCUUCUUCCUCUGCAAGAAUGGGAAUUGCAUCUCCGAGGCGCUGCUCUGCGACAACAACAACGACUGCGCCGACGGCUCUGACGAGCUCAACUGCUUCAUCAACGAGUGCCUCAACAAGAAACUGAGUGGUUGCUCCCAGGAGUGUGAGGACCUCAAGAUUGGGUACAAGUGCAGAUGCCGUCCCGGGUUCCGGCUGAAGGACGACGGGAAGACGUGCAUCGACAUCGAUGAGUGCUCCACCACCUACCCCUGCAGCCAGAAGUGCAUCAACACCCUGGGCAGCUACAAGUGCCUCUGCAUUGAGGGCUACAAGCUCAGACCUGACAACCCCACCAGCUGCAAGGCUGUCACAGAUGAAGAGCCUUUCCUCAUCUUCGCCAACCGCUACUAUCUGAGGAAGCUCAACCUGGACGGCUCCAACUACACUCUGCUGAAGCAGGGGCUGAACAACGCCGUGGCUCUGGAUUUUGACUACCGGGAGCAGAUGAUCUACUGGACAGAUGUCACCACGCAGGGCAGCAUGAUCCGCCGCAUGCACAUCAACGGCAGCAACGUCCAGGUCCUUCACCGCACGGGGCUCAGCAACCCCGACGGGCUGGCUGUGGACUGGGUGGGAGGAAACCUGUACUGGUGUGACAAGGGCCGGGACACCAUCGAGGUGUCGAAGCUCAACGGCGCCUACCGCACCGUGCUGGUCAACUCGGGCCUGCGUGAGCCUCGCGCGCUCGUGGUGGACGUGCAGAACGGCUACCUCUACUGGACGGACUGGGGGGACCACUCUCUGAUCGGGAAGAUCGGCAUGGACGGCACCAACCGCAGCGUCAUCGUGGACACCAAGAUCACGUGGCCCAACGGCCUCACCCUCGACUACAUCAACAGCCGGAUCUACUGGGCCGACGCCCGCGAGGAUUACAUCGAGUUCGCCAGCCUGGACGGCUCCAACCGGCACACGGUGCUGAGCCAGGACAUCCCGCACAUCUUCGCGCUCACCCUCUUCGAGGAUUUCAUCUACUGGACGGACUGGGAGACCAAGUCCAUCAACCGGGCCCAUAAGACGACGGGAGCCAACAAGACGCUGCUGAUCAGCACCUUGCACCGGCCCAUGGACAUCCACAUCUACCACCCCUACCGCCAGCCCGACGUUCCCAACCAUCCCUGCAAGACCAACAACGGCGGCUGCAGCAACCUGUGCCUGCUCUCGCCGGGCGGGGGCCACAAGUGUGCCUGUCCCACCAACUUCUACCUGGGCAGCGAUGGCAAAACCUGCGUGUCCAACUGCACAGCCAGCCAGUUUGUCUGCAAGAACGACAAGUGCAUCCCUUUCUGGUGGAAAUGCGACACCGAGGACGACUGCGGGGACCGGUCGGACGAGCCGGAGGAUUGCCCUGAGUUCAAGUGCCGGCCAGGGCAGUUCCAGUGCUCCACAGGGAUCUGCACCAACCCCGCCUUCAUCUGCGACGGCGACAACGACUGCCAGGACAACUCCGACGAGGCCAACUGUGACAUCCACGUCUGCCUGCCCAGCCAGUUCAAGUGCACCAACACCAACCGCUGCAUCCCCGGCAUCUUCCGCUGCAACGGGCAGGACAACUGCGGGGACGGCGAGGACGAGAAGGACUGUCCGGAGGUGACCUGUGCCCCCAACCAGUUCCAGUGUGCCAUCACCAAGCGCUGCAUCCCCCGUGUCUGGGUCUGUGACCGUGACAACGACUGCGUGGACGGCUCCGAUGAACCUGCCAACUGCACCCAAAUGACCUGUGGUGUGGACGAGUUCCGGUGCAAGGACUCGGGCCGGUGCAUCCCGGCACGCUGGAAGUGUGACGGGGAGGACGACUGUGGGGAUGGAUCCGAUGAGCCCAAGGAGGAAUGCGACGAGCGCACGUGUGAGCCGUACCAGUUCCGCUGCAAGAACAACCGCUGUGUGCCGGGCCGCUGGCAGUGCGACUACGACAACGACUGCGGGGACAACUCUGACGAGGAGAGCUGCACACCCCGGCCCUGCUCCGAGAGCGAGUUCUCGUGUGCCAACGGCCGCUGCAUCGCGGGCAGGUGGAAAUGUGACGGGGACCACGACUGCGCCGACGGCUCCGACGAGAAAGACUGCACCCCCCGCUGCGAGCUGGACCAGUUCAAGUGCAAGAACGGGCACUGCAUCCCCAUGCGCUGGCGCUGCGACGCCGACGCCGACUGCAUGGACGGCAGCGACGAGGAGAACUGCGGCACCGGGGUUCGCACGUGUCCCCUGGACGAGUUCCAGUGCAACAACACCCUGUGCAAGCCCCUGGCCUGGAAGUGCGAUGGGGAGGACGAUUGUGGGGACAACUCGGACGAGAAUCCCGAGGAGUGCUUGAAAUUCCAGUGUCCCCCCAACAGACCGUUCCGCUGCAAGAACGACCGGGUGUGUCUGUGGAUCGGUCGACAGUGUGACGGCAUCGACAACUGUGGAGAUAACACGGAUGAGAAGGACUGCGAGUCACCCACAGCCAAGCCCAAGAGCUGCAGCCAGGACAAGAACGAGUUCCUGUGUGGGAACAAGAAGUGCAUCAGCGCCAACCUCCGCUGCAACUUCUUCGAUGACUGCGGAGACGGCUCCGAUGAGGAAUCCUGCUCCCACGAGCACAAGUCAUACGACUGCAUGACCAAUACCACCAUGUGUGGGGAUGAGGCCCAGUGCGUCCAGUCCCGGUCAGCCUCAUACUGCACCUGCCGCAGAGGCUUCCAGAAGGUUCCAGACAAGAAUUUUUGCCAAGACAUCAACGAGUGCCUGCGCUUUGGGACCUGCUCCCAGCUCUGCAACAACACCAAGGGCUCCCACGUCUGCAGCUGCAGCAAGAACUUCAUGAAGACGGACAACAUGUGCAAGGCGGAAGGCUCCGAGCACCAGAUCCUCUACAUCGCUGACGACAACAAGAUCAGGAGCAUGUACCCCUUCAACCCCAACUCAGCCUACGAGCCAGCCUUCCAGGGCGAUGAGAAUGUGCGCAUCGACGCCAUGGACAUCUACGUCAAGGGCAACAAGAUCUACUGGACCAACUGGCACACGGGCCGGAUCUCGUACCGGGAGCUGCCCGCCUCCUCCUCCGCCUCCACCGCCUCCAACCGCAACCGGCGCCAGAUCGACGGCGGCGUCACCCACCUGAACAUCUCAGGGCUGAAGAUGCCACGGGGAAUCGCCAUCGAUUGGGUGGCUGGGAACAUCUACUGGACGGACUCGGGGCGGGACGUCAUCGAGGUGGCACAGAUGAAGGGCGAGAACCGCAAGACGCUGAUUUCGGGGAUGAUCGAUGAGCCCCACGCCAUCGUGGUUGAUCCACUGCGGGGGUGAGGGACUUGAGCCUUCGUCCAAUCCCUCUGGGUAGCCCUCAGCACACUCCCCUCACCAGAAGCCCCCCCAUGUGUCCCAGUGUCACUCUCUGUCUUCUCGAGUUGCUCCAGA